AUGUUACUUGAAGGGGAGCUCUACAACGCCCCUGUAAUCUCAUCGCCACAGAACAUUCUUGACCUGGGAACCGGAACAGGCAUCUGGGUUAUGGACAUUGCUGAGUACAUGAAAUACUCCAUCCUCUAUUUUUGUAUGCCAGGAAGACUGACUCUGAAUUUUGGAAGAUUUCCUAACGCCCACGUCAUUAAGAAUGACAUCAGUCCUAUCCAGCCCAGUUGGAUGGCCCCAAAUAUCGAGUCCAUCGUGGAGCACUUUGAAAGCGAAUGGAAGCACGAACAAAACCACUUUGACGUUAUCGAUGCACGAUACCUGGCAGGAUGCGUGGCCGACUGGUCUAAGUUUAUGAGCCGGACCCACGACCACGUCAAACCCCGUGGCUACCUUGAAUCACACGAGAGAGCCAUGUCAGCCCGGAGGGGCGAUGAAUUUCUCAAGGAAACUUCCGCGCCCAUGGAAUGGCUGCAAGCUGCCAAUUCCGCCGGGGAAAGAUUGGAGAGCUGGAUGAUUGAAGCGGGCUUUGAGUACGUCAGCUUGUCGGUCUACAAUCCGCCGUUCUCGCCCUGGCCGCGAGAUCAAGUUGUAGCAAGCCAUCGAUUCCUAUUCGCUGCGCUUGUACACGCAGGUUCUGGGCUGAGGUUCGGAUGCGGAUAA